GUCUUUCUCUCUCUGUCUCUUCGUCUCUCUGUCUCUUCUCUCUUCUCUCUCUCUCUCUCUCUCUCUCUCUCUCUGGCUGGCUCUGGCUGGCUGCUGAAUUUUCUUCUGCGCCGUUGUUCUCUCUCUCUCUCUCCUUUUCUCUCUCUCCGUCUCGUCUCUGUUCUUGUUCCGGGCAUCAUGAUGCAGCGUCUCUUCCAGACCGUGGGCACACAGGCCUCGCAACGCCUGGUCGCCGCUUCCGCCAUUGCACAGCGGAGAUGCCUUCAUCUCCACGAAGUGGACAGCAUGGAUCUCCUGCGCUCCUUUGACGUCAGUGUGGGCAAGGGCGAUCGCGCCUUCUCUUCCGACGAAGCCGUGCAAGUGGCCAAGCAAAUGUCCACCGAUAAGGUUGUGAUCAAGGCGCAGGUCCUGGCCGGUGGUCGUGGCAAGGGUCACUUCGACAACGGCUUCCAAGGUGGCGUUCACGUCGUCAAGGGUGAGGAUGAGAUCCGCUCAGCCGCCGACAACAUGAUCGGGCACCGUCUCAUCACCAAGCAGACUGACGAGCAUGGCCGCCCUUGCAACAUGGUGCAAAUCGCCGAAUGCAUGGAUAUCGAUAAGGAGUUUUACUUUGCCCUCCUCAUGGACCGUAGUAUGGGUGGCCCUUGCAUUGUGGGCAGCAGUCAGGGUGGCAUGGACAUUGAGGCUGUGGCCGAAGCUACCCCCGAUGCGAUCAUCAAGGUGCCCGUAGAUAUCAAGGAGGGUCUUUCGACGGACAAGGCCAUCCAGGUUGCCAAGGACAUGGGCUUUGCCGAUGACAUCGCCCCCAAGGCUGCUCAGGAGAUGAUCAAUCUGUAUACGCUUUUCCUUGAGAAGGACUGCACUCUGGUCGAAAUCAACCCCUUGGUCCAGACCAAGGGCGGUGAUGUCAUGUGCCUCGAUGCCAAGGUCAACUUUGACGACAACGCGGGCUUCCGCCAAAAGGACGUUUUUGAGAAGCGGGAUGUGUCUCAGGAGAAUGCUGCGGACGUCGAGGCAGCCAAGUAUGACUUGAACUACAUCGACUUGGAUGGCACUAUUGGUUGCUUGGUUAAUGGCGCCGGCCUGGCCAUGGCUACCAUGGACAUUAUUCAGUUGUACGGCGGUCGCCCAGCCAACUUUUUGGACGUGGGUGGCGGUGCCACGGCUGAGCAAGUCACGGCUGCCUUCAAGCUCAUUACCUCUGACCCCUCGGUCUCUGCUAUCCUCGUCAACAUUUUCGGUGGCAUUAUGCGUUGUGAUGUGAUUGCCGAGGGCAUCAUCGAGGCUGCCUCCGAGCUUCAUCUGAAUGUGCCGAUUGUUGUCCGUCUUCAGGGCACUCGCAAGGCCGAGGCUAAGGCGCUCAUUGCAGAAUCAGGCUUGGACAUCAUCGCUGCCGAUGACUUGGACGAUGCGGCGCAAAAGGCGUGCAAGUCAGCCCACAUCGUCGAGUCAGCGCGUGAGGCUGGCCUGGCCGUGUCCAUCAAGUGCCUUAAGCAGAAGCACCUGCAAGACGAAGAGGCCAUGAUGACCCCGCGCUUCACAUAAGUGUUUUAAUUCUCUUGACACCCGCCACAGCUGUUGCUGCCUUUGAUGAUGCUGCUCGCAAAUAUCAAGGCCCUCCAGUUUGCCCAUGCAAACAAACAGUGGCUGGGUAUCGUGUACCGAUACUCGACUUUAGUUGUGUUCUGGAGAGGGCCAUAGGUUCUUUCGGAGAGUUUCAUGUAUUUUUUUUUUUUUUCUAAAGGGCUUACGACAGAGGUCAAACCAGCACCCGUUGCUAUGAUUGGUGUUUUGUGUUCGUCGCCUGUCUUGCCUGCCCUGUGCCUACCCAUUUUUCUUUUCUUUUGUUGAUGACGUGAACGCCUUUGCCAGAGUGUGGGCACAGUGCAAUCCCCAAUUUCAACAAAUGUCAUAGAUC